AUGAAGCUGGAACUUCUGCUGGUCUUUGUCGUUCUCCUCUGUGUGGACAGCAAACCAUUUUCAGGAAAGAAAUUUAACAAGUUGCUACUGAUAUCUUUCGAUGGUUUCAGAUGGGACUAUGAUGAAGAUGUUCACACACCAAAUUUAGACAUGUUGGUGCAGGAGGGUGUGAAGGCGAAAUAUAUCACACCGCCAAUGAUCACCAUGACAUCUCCAUCACAUUUUACCACUAUUACUGGACGAUGGAUCGAGGAUCACGGUGUUGUUCAUAACAUGAUGUUCAAUUCCACAACUCUCCUGAAAUUAACUCAUAAGGCGACUCUGAAACGAUCCAAGUGGUGGGACAACGGAGCUUUACCUUUGUGGAUAACUGCUCAGAAUCAGGGUCUGAAGACAGGAUCUUAUUUCUAUCCGGGCGGUGGAGUGAAUUACAGCGGGCAGGCGGUGGACAGGUCCCUGGUGCAGGUUCACGGUGAUCCUAGCGACAACGAGACAGAAUGGAAGGAGAAAAUCGAUGCCGUUAUGGGAUGGUUCACCCAGGAGGACUUUGACUUCGUCACUCUUUACUAUAGUGAGCCGGACAACGUUGGCCACAAGUAUGGACCAGAGACCGAUGAGAGGAGGAAAAUCAUCCAACAGAUCGACCGCCACAUAGGCUACCUGAAGGAGUCCAUCCGAAAGAACAAGCUAACCGAUCACCUCAACGUCAUAAUCACCUCAGAUCACGGCAUGACCACCAUCAAGAAGAGUCCAGCGGUGAAGGAAAUCAAAUUAAACGAGUACAUGAACUUCCAGAAUUUAGCCCAUUUUGACAUUCUGGAUUAUGGAGGAUUUGGGAUGAUACGACCCAAGAAAGGCAAGGUGCAGGAUGUCUACAACGCCCUGAAAGACGCCCAUCCUAACCUAACCGUUUAUAAAAGAGAAGAAAUCCCUGAAUAUUUUCACAUCGCAAAAAACAGCAGGAUCCAGGACAUCGUGCUCGUCGGAGACCUGGGUUUUAAUCUGAACUCGAGAUUAAUCCUUUACGUGAACAAAGGAGACCACGGCUUUCAUAACCAGGAAAUGGACAUGAAAACCAUAUUUCGAGCGUUCGGACCAGAUUUCAGGAAGAAUUUCACAGCCGAGCCGUUCGACAGUGUGAGCAUCUACCCGUUAAUGUGUAAACUGCUGGGUGUUGAUCCGGCGCCCAACAACGGCAGCCUGAGCGACACUGAUGCCAUGCUGGUGGAUGGUUUUAAUCCUGGUGGACAUGCUGGGAGAAUCCAGACUUCAGUCAAUAUUCUGAUUGUCAUGAUGUUCGUCCUGUUCGUUUUAAUGUGACCUGAAGAGCUUCGUUUAUAUUAAAUUAUAUUAAUGUUGACUGUAGAAGUUAAACUUUGAUAUUAAAAUGUAAUUUAAAGAACUAAAGCAGUUUCAUGUGGAUUUCAAAUUACAUUUCAGUAAAUAUUCACAUUUUUUAUUAUUAUUAUUAUGAUACUUUAAGCCAUGAGUGUGAUCAAAUUAUUAAAAGGACAAUGUUGAUGCACAUGAGGUGGGUCACAGAACGUCAGUGCUGAGCUUUGAUGGGUGAAAAUCAUUUUAAUAAAGAACUUUUGACA